CACAACCAUUUUACAGGGGAUCAUACCUAAACAGAGACCUGUAAGAAACCAAAAGCUGUUGCUUAACAAAUCGUGCCUCUAAUGCCAUUUCAUCAGUUUGCUGUAAUUAUUUCAUAGACUUCCUCCACAUUCUUGCCAAGAUCUCACUGGGCUGCAUUACUCCAUAGCAAUCAUGUGUUUUUAACUGCCUAAUGCAUACUUAAGUGUUACUGCUUUACUAUCCUGAACCGCAAUGAGAUUUUACUUACUGUAAUUGGUAAAAAGGCAUCUAACUCCAAAUGGCCUUAAGGUGAAUUGACCACAAAAGGCUUUAUAUUUCACUAAUUGAUUGGACAAAUUUAAUAGCGUUCUAAAAUUACAGCCCACUUCAAUUCAUUCUUCUUAUCACUCGUUCACUGAUAGCAGGCCAAUACGGCUCAUUCAGACAGUCUUUCAGUCAGUUACAGAGUUAAUCAGUAAUAAUAUAAGAUAUAAUCUGAGUGAUCGAUAAGACAAAUCAAUAUUGUAGCAAAGCAACAGUUCCUAUUCCCAUAUUUUGCAUGGAAGAACCAUUACAAAAAAAUAAAAAAAAUCCUUUAAAAGAUGUUUCAAUAUCAGUCAACCACUUUCUUAUGUUUUAAAUAAACUCAAUCCAGCCGCACACUACAAUAUUUAAGCAAGCUAAACAAGUUUUGCCGGUGUUGGAGAACAAUAAACAGCCUCGUAUUGUUUAUUGCGUAACACUGGUGGCUAAGUACCAUAGCUGCAUGUACCACAAAAACUAGCAGAGUCCGCAGGAAACAUUGCAUGGUGGCAUGGCCCAGCGAUAAUUCACAAAUGCUGUCAAUUGAGUUUAACUUGUUUCGAACAGGUGAACGGUGACUGAGGCUAACAUUUUGCCUAACACCUCUUUUUGGGAUCCACGGAAGAAAUUCAGGCAUACAGGUUUGAAACGACAACAUGAAGGUGCCUAUUAGGAUCCGAGGAUCACAUUACUGUGUUGCAGCCAUCUUGACAGACCAGUGGCUGUUGACUACCGCUCACUGCUUUGCAAGUGUACCCUCGGAUUUCUUGCACAUUGUUGAGGCAGUAGAAGGUGAUUUCAAUCAGAGAAAGGUUGACAGAGGGGAGCAGAGCUUCCGCAUAAAGACGGUGAAGUUCCAUGAAAAAUAUCAACGUUCCUCGCCCAUGGGCUAUGGCAUCGCUUUGCUGGAGAUCAAAAGAAACUUUAACUUUGGUGAAUCGAUUACUAUUUGUCUGCUUUAUCCUGGUGAGAGGUGUCCACCCAAGACAAGGUGGAUGGGGUCGAAUUAAAGAGAGUGCUAAGAUAUUUGAACAUCAUAACAAGAAAACAUUUUAAAUAGAUUGAGAGAAGUAUCUCAAAGACCUCAAAGAUCUCAAACCAUUAUCAGCAUGAAGGUAAAAUGGUUCGUCUUCUCUUUAGGAGGUCCACUUCCAACAGUUCUUCAGGAGGUGCACCUGGAACUGGUAGAGCAAAGCAGGUGCAAACAUAUCCUGCAAACUCUCAGACCUGGACAUAAGACCUGUACAGUCUUGUGUGCUGGACCAGAGAGAGGCGUGAGAGAUGCCUGUCAAGUAAGAGGACAGUGAAAACAUUGCCCUAAAAUUAAUCUAGCACCUAUACUAUUUUGUUAAAUUGAGAGCAAAUGUGGAAUUUUGCAGAAGCCUCAAGAAUAAACCCUAUUAAUUCUGCAUGUAUCUCCACAAGGGUUUCAAAAAAACUUCUCAGCAAAUAUUCUGAGAUGUGUCAAUAUACCAAAGUCUGCUAUCAAAUGUUAGAUAAAAAGAGAUAUCAACUUGAAGUCAAGCAUCAAGCAAUAAUGCUCAUUAUUGAAUAGCUCUAUAUUCGUACUAUUUGUCAAAUUGUCUAAUUUUGGUCUAUUUUUAGUUCUCCAAUGGAAUUUUAGGAGAAACAUCUGAGAUAAAAAAAAAAAAAUGCCCUCCUCUGCCCCAGAGAAGAUGGGCGGUGGGUGGCAGUGGGGUCAUGUCCUGGGGUAAGGGCUGUGGUUGAAGCUGGAAUUACAACAGAUUCAAAUUCUAUCUAAAGAGGCUCACAUGGAGUCUUCACUGAUGUCUUAAUGUUCUUGCUAUGGAUCAAGUUCAAUCUUAGAAAAGGAAGGUUUGGUUUUGCUUUUACACUUCUAUGGGUCAUGUGAUGUGGUGGUUACAAAUUUGGGCUGCUAUCUUAAAGGUUAUUGGAUCAUACUCUGCAGUUUGUGAUCCCUUAUGCACUGAACUAAAAGUUGCUUCAGGGAAUUUGUUUGUGUUAGGGGUUGACAGACAAAAACUUUGCUGUGAAAAAUUCACAAAGCAGACUGGUCAAGUUGAGCGAGAUUUUAUACUUCUAGAUGUUCAACUUUUGGAGCUAUGCGUUAUAAAAUAAAGAAUCGGAAUUAAAUGACGGAUGAUGUCACUUGAAUUCACAAAUCAUGAAGAAUAACAUGCAAUAUUAUUUAAACGUUUACACCAGAUCAAAGAAAUCUGAAUAUUGUUAUGGUCAUUUCAUGUUCAGGUUUAUGUAAACAUCUACUAGACAGACAUAUUUGACCAUUACUCCACAUCUUGUGGUUUUUUCAGCAUCUCACACAGGAGUGCCACAUUUCUACACAGAGUCACUGUCAAGUUUAAAAGACCUUUAACUUAAAAAACCUGUCUUGAAACACAUACGUUCUGUUUUAUUCAUUGCUAAGAACAUGUACAGUCAGAAUGGUCUUAAAGUCCCUUUCAAGGAACAAUCCCAGGCAAGAGAUUCAAGAGUGGCUUUACCAUAGGAGAGAGUGUAACAGUCAACUAGGAGUUCCUAUUUCUCUCAUUCAUUUGAAUACAAAUGCUCAGUUUCGGGCAAACUAGUCUCUGACAGCAUCUAAUACUGUACGUUUAUUGCAAGUUGCUUUGGAUAAAAGAGUCUGACUCUGCUACAUGAUUUCUUACUUACAAGUCCCUGUGCAGUGUAGCUGCUGGAGUUGUACCUGAAAGGGAAAUAUAGGAAAGCAUGAUCAGAAAUCCUGCUCAUCCAGACAAGAGCUAUAACAACGAGUCACAUUUGAAAUAUCUUAAAUAUUUGCUGCCCAAAGUCACAGAAAAUUUCUCUUACUUGAUUGCAGUUUAUGUUUUGUUUUUUUGCUUUUAAUUUGGCAGAAUAUCUUGGUGGUCCAUUCAAGUUGCUGCUUGUCAAAGUAUUCUACUGGAGUUCCUGAAGUUUGAUCUGGAAAAUGAUGCAUUGUGCCAAAGUGACUACCUAACUAAUUAUGUGGAUGAAGAAAGAUGAAUGAUCUCAGAGAUACGGCAUAUGAAGAUCAGGGGGAGGAACUAGAUAAUGACAGCAGUGUUGUCUCAACAGGCAGGUCUGUGUGGAGUGCCUGACGUCUUUGCUGUCUCUGGGCUGGAUGUCACGAGGAGAGGAAAGGAUUACGGGAAUAUGCCCUGGCUGUAUCACGUGAGCAUUUACCUGGUGCCGUCGUUCAUCAUUGCAGUGAUGCAAUCAUCCAAUCAACAUGGAUUCUUACAGCUGCACACUGUGUCUAUGACCUGUGAUUAACCAACAUGCAAUUUGCAACAACUAAAAGUAAGCCAUCUGUGACUGUGGUGCCAUUAAAACAUACUCUGUUUGUUUAAGCAUCCCGAGCAGCCUGACAUGACAACAUUGGCUCAACUUAUGACGAAAGAGAUAUUUUUAUCAAGACAGGAGGCUCAAAGGAACGGACCUGGGAUGUGAGGAAAGUAAUUACACAACCUCAGUUCAAUUGCACCUCUCUUGACUAUAAUGUGGCUUUGCUUCAGCUGAGCUCUUCAGUGACUCUCAGUCAAAGCUCACUUCUGACUCCCUUCAACUUGUCAGGAAAUACCACCCUCCCUCCACUGCUGGGCUGUGGCAUGGACCAGCCAAAUGUCAGGACACAAACCUGUAUAGCUAAACAUAUCGGUGUUGGAAGGAAUGGUAUGUGAACAAUGCAUUGGACAUGGAUUGACGUCUGUUAUAUUAUGUGCUGGACUGACUGAGAUGGACAGAGAGGUAUUAUGCAUGGUGAGGAGCCCUAAAAUGCUCAAAAGAACACCACGAUGGGAGAAAGGUGUAUCCAUUGUUUCUGACAGGCUACUCUGCUUUACAGGCUGCAUUUGGUUAGGAUUAGUGUGAGGGCGGUGUUAGGACAGCUGCUGCCUGCCAGGCAAAAACCGUGGCACCUUUGUACAAUGAGCAAAGAACAACUUUUUUUUUUUAACAGUAGGGAAUGUAAUUUGUACAAAUGCUGCCCUCUAGUGGGUAAGUUUAGAAAUGGCUCUUUAAAAACAAUUGUGGCAGGCAAGCUGCACACCCAGAUUUCACUCAAACAACACCAAUGGAUAGUUGGUUACAAGCUAGGCUACUCACAAAAUUAAAAACAUUUUCCCCCACCAAUUUAUGUCAUUGAAUAUAAAAUCUUACACUUGUUUGUUUGCACUGAGAAUUUUAUAAAAUGCUGCGAAGUCACAUACAGUAUGUGUCAUCUCAUUUAUUUACAUAAUGGUGACCAGGAGAAAGCAAGAAAAAGAGCAGGCAUAAUGUUUUUGGGAAUAUUCAAACUUUCUUUCUUUCAAUCUUUCUUUGAAUUUUCUUUCUUUUGAAACCUUGACAAAAACACAGACUCAGAUAAAAUUAUGUUGAAACUGGAAAGGCUUUGGUUUUCUUUUUUGAUUAAUAAUUGCUGUUCAGUUUCGCUCUUUCCAACUUUGUUGCUUUUAAACUUUUUCCUUGUGAAACCUUGACCUUGUGUCUUGUUUUGAGGGUUUCCUUGACUCAACCCUCAGAGUGUGUGAUCAGGCAGUGGGGUGAUCCCACACCAUUCACAGACACACAUCAAGAGCCAGACGCAAUCCUCUGUCAAAGCCUGUGCAUAUGAAUCAUUUAUUCCUAUUGGCUGGGAUCCAUGAGGGGUCCACUCCAGUUGCUGAAAUGUAUUAACUCCAUCUUCUCUAUAGACACACCCCCUGGCCUUGGUGCAAAGGUUGGUAUGUUGGGAAUGAGAUGAACUAUGAAAAACUUCUACCUCACACACAGUGAACCCUGACCAUAUUAACUGAUAAAGAACAUUGAGGAAAAGAUUACAGCAUGGAUCAAUUUCUUACAGCACCUGUAUUAAUUGGAAUAUAUAUAGUAGUGUUCACCAUACUGUUCCUCAUCCUGAAGCAAAGAGGAUCUGAUGGAGGACGAAAGCCAAAAAAGUUUCCAAAAACCUUGCAGGAUCCCAAUGUGAAAUAUCCAUUGCGACUAACAGACAAAGAGGACAUUACUCACGACACCAAAAAAUUCCGCUUUGUUUUACCGUCCUCUUCUCAUGUACUUGGUCUUCCUAUCGGUCAGCAUGUUUACCUGUCUGCAAAGGUGAAUGGGACCCUGGUUAUCCGAGCAUACACACCUGUUUCAAGCGAUGAAGACCAGGGAUACGUUGAUCUAGUUGUAAAGGUGUACUUUAAAGACACUCACCCAAACUAUCCUGAUGGGGGCAAGAUGUCUCAAUAUUUGAAUGAUAUGAAGAUUGGAGACACUAUUGACUUCAGGGGGCCAAAUGGGUUACUGGUAUACAAAGGAAAUGGAAAAUUCGCUAUCCGACCUGAUAAGAAAUCGGAACCCAAAGUGCGGAAGUUUCGACACGUGGGGAUGAUUGCUGGUGGAACAGGCAUAACCCCAAUGCUGCAGUUGAUAAGGAGCAUAACAGCAGAUCCAACAGACAACACCAAGUGCUCCCUUAUAUUCGCCAACCAAACUGAGAAGGACAUAUUGUUACAGAAAGAGCUGGAAGAAGUUAGUCAAAAUCACCCUGAUAAACUCAACCUGUGGUACACACUUGACAAGCCCUCAGAAGGGUGGAAAUACAGCAAAGGGUUUGUUGAUGCUGACAUGAUAAAAGACCAUCUUCCGCCUCCGGCCAGUGAUGUGCUCAUCGUGAUGUGUGGCCCACCCCCCAUGAUCCAGUGUGCAUGCCUGCCAAACCUCGACAAGCUAGGCUACAAAACAGAGAACAAUUUUACAUACUGAGUUUUUGGUCACUGAUUAGAGUAUCUGGCGAGCAUGUAUGUUCUAUGGUUUAUAUCUUUGAGGCAAAAUAUCACAAUUAAUGCCAGAUAUAGUUUUAAUAAUAAAUUAUUUGUAAUUCAUGUUUUAUUUUCUCUUUGUUCAGAAUUAAAGAAAAGUUACCUUCCAGUUUUGAUAAACCGAUCCAUGCUGAGUUUAGCACUUGAGUUGAAAUGUUCUCUUAAAUUUGGCUGCUUUGCAUUGGAAGUGACCAUCAACCUGAUUUUAAUAUAUAAUGGGGUCCUGAUAUCGGGACCACUACUG